GACCCAAUGGGUGGUAGUAGAAGUAGAAGGAACCUCUCCAAAAUGGGAGAAACAUGCAACAAAGGGAAGGAGAAAGGGAAGGAAGAUCAAAGCCAUAUGGUCUCAAGCAGCAACCCCCAAGCGAAGCAGAAGAACAAAGAAGUAGCAGAGGUUGGUCCUCACAUGAACAUAGGAAGUUAUCCACAGUACUUUUGAAGUGAAGAUUUCGAUUUCGAUUUCGAUUACGAUUCCGACGGUAUAGGUUUCGAUGACAUCGACUUCUCCAACCCCUUCAGCUACGAUGAUUAUACCGAUCCUUUACGCUACGACGAGGAAGGUAACUACAGGGGUGACUACAGUCACUGGGGUGGUGACCAGACUCACUGGGCUAAGUUUUAUGGUUACCCUCUCCCUGGUUACCAUGACGAAGAAGAAGAAGAAGAUGAAGAGGAAGAGGACGAUGACUAUACCUACGAGAUGGCUAUUCUCCAAAAAGAAGAGGACGAACAGAUAGAGAAGCCAAUGGACAUCGGAGUGAUGUCGAAGCUCCCUUCGGAAGUUGCAUUCGACAUUCUUUCUCGAUUACCUAUCAAGACCCUCGCAAGGUGCAGAAGCGUGUGUAAGGAUAUGCGUCGCAUUACUCACAUCCGUCAUUUUAUCAAAAUGCACCAUAAUAGGGCAACCCAAGGUGAUAUUCCUCCCAGCCUUCUGCUUCACGGUAGGUAUUGCAUUGAUGCACCGCUUUACUUGUUACAACAUGAUACUCCUGAUGAUACUCUUGAUGGCCGUGCUGUUUUUGCUAAUCCCCUGUUUUCCUCUCCAAAGAAGGAGUUUGAUGUUGUGGGUUCUUGUAAUGGCUUGCUCUGUUUGUCGGAUCCAAUGUAUUAUGGUCCUCGAUUUGUCUGCAAUCCUGUUACAGGGGAAUACAUUUCGCUUCCGAAGCCUGAUAAGCGUACUGAUAUUGACAUUGUAUUCGGUUUUGGCUAUGAUGAGGUGGCUAAUGAGUUUAAGGUGGUAAGGAUGUUGUUCCAUUCAGUUGAUCUUGGGUGUGGAAGUGGCACUUCGACUUUUAAAUUGGAAGGCGAAGUGUACUCACUUAGUUUGGGUAAAUGGAGACAUAUUGGAGAUGUGCCAUAUGCACUUCGUGGAAAAUCAUCGCCUGCAUUCGUGAAUGGAGCUCUUCAUUGGAUGACGGAUGAGUAUAGAGAACUGAUUGUAUCUUUUGAUUUGGGUAAGGAAGAAUUCCGAGUUGUUCCGCCACCGCCAGACUUCAUCCUCGGUGGCCGGAGCGAUAGAAUGAAUUUAGGUGUGUUAGGGGAACAUCUCUGUUUAUUCGAUUAUUCAAUCGAUAGGCGGCUUGAGAUAUGGGUAAUGAAAGAAUAUGGAAUAAAGUGGUCUUGGACUAAAGAAUAUGUCAUCUCAUCGAAAGAUUCGGGCAGAGACAGUAGCCAUUUUAAACCUUUAAGAUUGAUGAAAAAUGGUGAACUUUUGAUGUCGUAUAAAGGUGAAUGUCUGGUUUUCUAUGACCCUGUGAAGAAAAAAUUCAGGGAUAUUCGAAUCCGAGGACUUCCACCCUGUUUUGAGGCAAUAACUCAUGUUGGAAGCCUUCUCCCACUCCGGAAUGCUGUUGGAUUGGCAAAGAGAGACGAAUUCAACUUCAGCUUCAGCAAAUGGUGCUCGGAGUUAUUUCCAAUUCCUGCCCAUGAAUCAAUAGAGUAUGGAGACAAGAACCAAGACGGAGAGAAUGAAGAGGACUGUCAAUUCUUCAAAAAGCCAGAAGGGCGGGACAGACUUCAUAGGGAAGGUGCCUCUAAUGCUGAUAAAAUGAUUGAAAAUUUUGGUGCUUUGCUAUGCCUUUUUGGGAAAGGAAUGGAUACUUGUAGUAGGGAAUCAAGAUGAUUCUCAGUACGAGGCCAGAGACGUGGAAGUGGAAGUGGGAGGGGAAGGGGAAAGGGAAAGGGAAAGGGAAAGGGAAAACAUAAUCUGCUUUAUGAUCUUUUACAGGUCAAACGGGUGUAUAUGGAGCUGGGCUUAAAACUUUUUUGAGGAUGGAUGAAUACCCAGUUUGCAGUUUUGGGUGUGAUUUGGGGCAGUAUGUGAUGGUCCC